GUCGUAUCGGAACGGUUGGCGUGCUGCGUGUCAGCCAGUCGGCAGUCCGCAACGAACCUCGGAGUAGAGAGCGCGCCACGUGCAGGAGCCGCACCGACGUGGCGUGAUGUCCACAGAAUAAAAAAGCCGGCCGUGCACCAAUUGAAAAGUGACAGUGCGUCAGUGAGAAGAAUUUGUGCUCGGGAUUUUAUACAGGACUCAUAACUUCAUAUCGACACGACGACUUCGCCUCCAUUUACAUUAUUAUAGUUUUUAAUUUGCACAACAUUUCUAGAAGUGCAGGAAGUGGGAUGUCGUGACUGCUGAAGCUUAUUUUUUUGGUGACCUGUAACGACCAAGAUGGCGAGGCUUCCUGCGUAUACCUAUCUUCUUGCGGUAUCAAUACUUCUGGCGCCAACGUUGGCGGCCGUCUGUCCCGAUAGCUGUGUUUGCAGCACUACACGUGACGGCCUUCAUCGUGUCACCUGCAGUAACCUACUACAACUCUACAAAUACACUCUUCGACAGAAGCAUCAUAAUAUUAAUAUUCUUGAUCUAUCACAUAAUAAUAUCACCAAAAUUACCCACGAGUUGGAUAAACUAACCGAAGUGGUAACACUAGAUCUCUCUACUAAUGGACUUACAGAAUUAAAUAAAUUUUUGCACAAUACGAAAAAAUUAGUCCACCUGAAUCUCGCACAUAAUCGAUUUCAAAAGAUUUCACUAAAAUACCUUCCUGUGAGUGUUAGUUCUUUAGAUCUAACCGGAAAUCUAUUAAAAGAUGUGCCAUCUGAUUUAGGGAAUUUACCCAGUUUGGAACACUUAGAGCUAGAAGGUAAUCCACUUGACUGCUCGUGCGAUAAUAUCGUUAGUAGAAAUCGAUUAUUGGCAGCUAAUGUGUAUAUUGAUAGUGUGAAGUGUCGAACCCCAUCCCGUUUAAAAGGUCGAUCUUGGCUAGAAUUGAAAACAAAGGAUAUCUGCAAAGUAUCUAAACCAGACUUUAUGGAUAUGAUGAUGGGGGACGAGCCGAUUGAUGCUGUGCGAAUAGGCGAAGAAAGUACCGCCUUAAAAUCAAUGCCUUUAGUAGCCGAUAGUGAUUUAGAUGAUGGUAAAAUAGUUCACGGAACGGAUUUAGGAGAAGAUGAUGAUAGUCUACAAUUCAUGAAAGUAGAACGCUUUUUAUCACCUUCGCGAGAUGAAAUAGAGGGAUCAGGUGAGGAUGAAAAAGAUAAAAUACUUGAAUACAGUACCGAAAAAUCUGCUACAAAUGGUAACGAAAACGAUGAUCUGAUCGAUGGUUCGGGUGAAGGAUCUGGUUUCUCCAGUUCUAUAAAUCUUGAUUUUAAAGAUCAUACAGAUAGUAAUCUGGAGACAACUACUUCUAUUACCAACGAGUUAAAUAAAGAUUCUGUUCAUAAAAUAUUAUAUUCUGAAGAAUUGUUGUCUGCGCACAAUGUUAACUCAGCUGAUGAUCCAAUAGAAGGCUCUGGUGAAGGGUCUGGCUUCUUUCCUUUUGAUUAUGAUGAUCAUACACAAAGUAUCAUAGAAACCACAACUACUAUAGUUGAAGACUUAAGCCCCGAUCCAGUCCAUAAAAUAUUUAAAGAUGAAGAGACUAACAUAACCGAACUGGAGUAUCCCUUACCGGAAACUCCUACCGUUUAUAAAGGUGGGCCUGAUUGGCAUAUAAAACCGGAUCCCGAAGUUAUAACAGUAGCCUCCGUUCCUUCAGAAGUUACUCGCGAUACUACUGUUUCUGAACAAAUACGUGUUACUCAGGCCUCUGAAGUCCUUGGUCAAGCUCCUCCCAGCGAAGAAAACGUAGUUACCCAUAAAACUGGUACAUAUGUGUGUAUUGCCUUGAUUAUCGUUCUACUAGUAGGGUUAAUUGGAUUUGCAAUCACGAAAGGGCAAAUGAGGAAACGAAGAGAUCGAAGAAUCCUCAGGCAACAAAAACGGGACGUGGAAAAGGCUUCGAAGGAGAUGGUAGAUAUGAACAAAUCGUUAUUAGGCAAACCAGCUCCAUUAGAAAAUUCAGUAGAAAGAAAAGUUAACGGUAAAUACGAACUUGUACCUACACACGAGUCACUUCAGAAAAAAGGAGAAAAUGGAGAUGUUGUUAAUGGUAUCAAACGAGAAGAAGAGAGAACCGAUAGUCCGCAUGAUACAAAUCAAAACAAAAGCAGUUCAAUAGAUAAUAAUUUAGCACAUGAAAACCAAGUUCCACUACAAGAAACUUCGUUUGAUUCAGAACCAGGGAUUGCUAGUUCCAGAAAAGAUACCAACUCUUUGUCUAGUGAAGAUAUUUUUGUCCCUAUUAAUGAUGAUGACAAUCCGAGACUAAAUAGUAACUUAGAUUUAGACGUAUCUCAACCGCUUAUCAAUGGAGAUCCUAUUGCUGAUUCCUACUUAUCACCAGCCCAUGAAUAUGUACCUGUAUAUUCACCAGAUAUGGGUCGAGUACGGAUUAAAAUGACGGAAACACCUAAGCCAAAAACUCCAGUGCUAGUCACUAGAAGUAGGUCUAAUGCUGGAGAUAUAAUUAUUAUACCAACAUUAGAUGGAAACACGUCAAAGUCAACUACUUGAAAUUAUUUUUUAUUAGGCAGAAUAAGAACAAUUUAUAUCCAAGGUGUCACUUAUCAAGCACUUCACUAUUGGCUAAAUUCUGUGAUUAUCCAGUGCUGGAACUUGUGUGGGAAGUAGGAUGCGUUCAUAUGGGGACUCUACGAGUUGUAUGAAGAUAUUGACUGUAUUAAGUACUGCCAAAGUGUGUUUGUAGUCGACAGUGCCUUUAUUGUAACUGUUUAGUGGUUUAGAUAUAUUUAUGAGAGCAUAUUGCGCGGUAAAUAGAAAUAUUUUUUAUACAUGUAAAAUGUUGCCAUGUUCAUUAUAUAUAGAUGUAAAAAUUGUUUUAAUUAUUAUGAAGAACAACUUGUUAAAAAUAGUUUGUUGGUAACACAAUUUGUACAAUCUAGUAUUGUAUUUUAUUUCGGUUUUGGUACAAUUCUUGAGUUGUCAAUGGUUGUGUACUUACCUAUUUUAUCCCGAAUAUAUACUAUCGGCAACAUUAAGCAACGAAUGGUUUAGCUGGUUGUAGUCUAUCAUCCUAGAAUUUCCUAUUAUGAAAGUACGAAUAAAUCUAUAUUCGUCCUUUCUGCGGUCUAAGCAUAAGUUCCUUAUGAGUAAUUUUAUUAAAUUAUUAGUUAUAUAAGAUUGUGAUACCAUUUAUUUUAAGUAACACAUGCUAUUAGGGUAAUAUGUAUGAAGGAAAAUAGGUUAUUCUUGGUACAUUAUUUUCUUUGGAUAAUUAUUUGAAAUUAUUUUACCUUUUUAGUAAGAGAUGUUUAAUUCCUGUAUCACUCUGCUUAUGAUGACUUGUUUUAAUUUUUUCAUUUUUAUUUAUCGACAUUUUAAAAUUUAUAUUAGAACCAAACUUACAACAAAGUAAUGAAGGAUCAAAACAGAACAAUAAAGUAUUUCUAUGUAAAGAGAUUUAUAACUGAUGUAAUUUUAUUUUGAAUGAUAUAAAGCGUUAAUUGAAACUU